AUGUCUUCCACAUCUUCCGAAUCGCGGGCUGUCGUUGUGGAAUCGACUUCGUCAUCCGAGACCGAUGUUCACUUUUUGCAAAACGCGGUUCAAUGGAUGGACGACACGGCAAACUCUAACGACGUUCAACACCGUAGAUACGUCAAUCGAGAACGUGAAGUCGGUCAUCAAAUACUACUAAAUGAUUGGUUUGUUGACGAACCAAAAUACGACGAUGCUUACCUUCGAAAAAAGUUUCGUAUGGAGAAAACCAUGUUUUUAAAAAUCGUCGACAAUAUCGAAGCAAAUUUUCCAUAUUUUCAAGAGGGGUUCAAUGCGCGUAGGAAAAGAAGCUUUAGGAAGAUCCCAAAAAUAUGCUCGGCGGUACGUCAACUCGCUACGGGCAAUCCGCCCGACGAGUACGAUGAGUACUUGCAUAUGGCCGCUUGA